AAAAAAAUCAAACGACACGAUUACUCAAAAUUAUUUUAUUGAAUUUUACUUAUAAAUUGAAGCUUUAAAAAAGAACUUGCACAUAAAAUGAUAAAAUCACAAUUCCCAACUUCUCAAUUCCUUCGAUUUCAUUGCAUUCUAUUCAGGCAAGUUAACUACGCAAGUUAAGUCCACGGUUCGCCGCUAGCCGUACUCCGAUCAUCGGAUCAUAUCUCUCUGGCUAGGGUUUUCUUUCUACCUCUUACCCUUUGACACGCCCUCAUUUUUCUGCAACUCGUAGAUGGCAAAUAGACCGGAUUUGGACGAUGAUGAUGAUUUUAGUGAGAUCUACAAGGCAUACACGGGGCCACUUGGAUCUUCUGCGGCCAAUGUACAAGAAAAAAAAGUGAAUAACAAAAGAUCCCAACCUAGUUCUGAUGAGGAAGAGGAACGUGAUCCUAAUGCUGUACCAACUGAUUUUACAAGCCGUGAGGCUAAAGUUUGGGAGGCUAAAUCCAAAGCAACUGAGAGGAACUGGAAGAAGAGGAAGGAAGAAGAAAUGAUUUGCAAAAUUUGUGGAGAUGCAGGUCACUUUACUCAGGGAUGCCCAUCUACCCUUGGGGGCACUCGCAACUCUCAGGAUUUCUUUGAAAGGGUGGCUGCAAGAGACAAGCAUGUGAGAGCGCUAUUUACAAAUAAAGUUAUAGAGGGGAUCGAACGAGACAUUGGUUGCAAAAUUAAGAUGAAUGAAAAGUUCAUCAUAGUCAGUGGCAAGGAUAGAUUAAUAUUGAGAAAAGGUGUAGAUGCAGUGCAUAAAGUGAUGAAUGGCGAAUGUAAUGACAAGAAUUCUUCUCAUAUGGGAAGGUCUAGAUCACCUGAGGGCAGUCCUAUUAGAACUCAGUUUUCUCGCUCAGAAUCGCUAAGAUCUAAGUCUCGUGAGCGCAGUCCUAUUGCAACUCAAUGUUCUCGCCCACAAUCCCUAAGAUCUAAGUCGCACGAGCGCAGUCCUUUAAGCAAUAGACUGUCACGCUCUGAAUCCCAAAGAUCUAAUCCAAGUCCUAGAAAUUCAUCACAAUUUCAUCAAAGGAUCGGUGUACAAGAUAGUGGUCUUGAGGAAGGUAUUCGUGGGGAUCUGCAGAAACCUUCUAGAAACUCUCCACAAGCUUAUGGUAGUGAUGGAGGACGAGGUCGUUCCAGUCUUUCGCGAUCUCCAGCACGUGCCCCUUACAGUGGAAGUUCAUAUAGCAAGUACGAGGAGCCAUAUAGAUCUCAUGCAUGGGAAAAUGAGAGACGACAAUCUGAAUAUCAUGUCGAUAAAAAAAAGGAGCAUCCCUCAUUAUCGCAGACACUUGAGGAUAUAGAGCUGGAGUACAAAAAAGAGGCCAUAAAUCUUGCCAAACUUCGUGACCAGCAAGAAGAUGAGGAGAAUUACAAACAUCGUGAGACUAUCAGAGAUUUGAAGGAGAAUUACAUCAAGAGGCUUGCUGGUUUGCGAGACACUCAUAAUAAACAGUGGGAUGAGUUCGUUCAAUUACAUGCUCAAAGGCGUCAACAGCACAUUCACCAGCAGCAUAUGCCCGCUUCAGGUUUUGGUGGUUAUCAUCCGUCUACUAUUUCUGACUACGAUUCAGUACACAAUCAACCCUACGCUGGAUCCAAUUUUCAUGUGGAGCCUAGUAGAAGGGGCCAAUACCCAAAUCCUGGUGAUAACUAUCUACACUCUAGACUGCCCCACCGUGAUGCUUACAAUGAAUUUCAGCAUCAACGAGUUGAAGAUUAUGGAAGGGCAUUCAAUCGAUAUUAAGUAGUUAUGCUGUAUUGAUGUUGGGCUCAGGGCUUGAUGGUUACAUUUUACAUUUGCUAAUGGAGCCUGAAACUUAGGUAAGUAUAGUAGACUUUUUUGUUUAGGUUGUCAAGGGAUCAGUGAAGAUUUGCAUCAUUGUACGAUGCUCGUGCAGUUUUCAGACAAGUUGCUGUUUUGGUUUCAAAUUUCGCCCUUUUUUCCGCAAUUGUCUUGAAUUUGUAAUGAUAAACCUACUUGGGUUGUUCCAGUGUGUUUGAAAUUCUAGAUCGAAUCAAAUGGCUUUUCUGCUUUCUUUCUCA